UGUAAGCUUUAAUGGACUUCCACGAAGAGAAAGUGGUAUGAAGGUUACAGUUAGUCUUUGAGAAAGCCUGCUAUUUCUUCACGUCAUUUGAGCAGAAAAAGGGGUAUAUGGCAAUGUAGGAUGUUCAGGUGAUUGGAUAGAUAGGUUUUCGGCAUACACCCAAAGAGCUUGUGUUUUACAGCAAGCUGCAAGAGACAUUAUCCACCUGAGCGCCGUAGCUCUGCAGUUUGCGCCGUAUUGUCACAUGGACAGCAGCUGUGUCGUCAACAAAAGCCUGCAUGUAUCGGCUUAUGAUUAAUGACUUAUGUUGUUUUGACAGGUAUGUAAAUAUUUCCGCUAGACAUCAGUGAUGUAUCUGAGCAGAAGUUUGUAAGCCAUUUGAAUGGAGCUACCUGUAUAUAAAUAGGUGUAUAUCUACCUGCUCAAGUUUAUAUUUAUUCACCUAUACUUACACCUCUGCCUUAGGGCUCUGUGACCUCCGGCACAUUCACAAUUGAGGAUACCUUUGUGAAAAUUACUCGGCACUUGCUUCACUGUUUCUCAUUGACUGACACUUAAUUCUGCCUGAUAUUGAAGUUUGCCAUAAGGACAGAUGGCUUGUUGAAUGUGCACUGAUAGCUGUUGAGCUGGAGGUCAGCUCGUCUGGACAGGUAUGACUGGAAUCACCUGCUAAUUCCACCUUUUGGUGUCAAGGAUGUUUGAUUAGAGCGUUGUACACAACUCCAUUCACUAAUGGCUCUCGUGAAAAUUGAAAGCCUUCAAAAAGGCUCAGAUUGUGUUGCUAUGGAGACAGACAUUUUGGAUAAGGAAGAGGAUGAUAAAGAGUUGGAAAAAUUGACUUUCCUCAAGAGAUUGAAGAAAAAAUACAGCUGUUGUCUCAUAAAUUGGAUAAUACUGUGCUUCAGAAAAAAUCAUGAUAUUGAUGACUUGGAAAUGCAAGUUGUCCGCUACAAACCAGAGGGACUAGAUAUCCUGUGUAGGAAUACCAAAUUCACACGGAAGGAGCUUCAGAUCAUGUAUCGGGGCUUUAAGCAGGAAUGCCCCACAGGUCUGGUAAAUGAAGAGACAUUUAAGGAAAUAUAUGCUCAGUUUUUUCCACAGGGAGAUUCCAGCUCAUAUGCUCACUAUGUAUUCAACACAUUUGACCAUGACCGUAAUGGCUCCAUCAGCUUUGAGGAGUUUGUGAUGGGUUUGUCAGUAUUAGCACGUGGCUCUCUACAAGAAAGGCUGGAAUGGGCCUUCCACCUGUACGACAUCAACGGCGAUGGCAUCAUCACCAAGGAGGAAAUGAUGGAUAUUGUAUCAGCUAUAUAUGACAUGAUGGGCCGCUUCACCGAGCCUCAGAUUGAUGAGGGCACGGCUAGAGACCACGUCAAUAGGGUAUUUCAGAAAAUGGAUAUGAAUAAGGAUGGUGUAAUUUCAUUGGAUGAAUUCAUGGACACAUGUAGAAGGGAUGAGAACAUAACCAAGGGCAUGUCUUUGUUUGACACAGUUCUAUGAAGGCACAUGGACCAGGAGGUGAAUUAUAACACUGAUAUCUAGACUAGCACAAUAGUUACAAAAUGGACUUUGCCCAAACAGUUGUUGGAAAGUCAGCUGGGAGAUUACUGAGAUAGCAAGCCCGCUGGACUGGCCAUUCUCUGGAUUACACCCCUGAUUGUAUAUUUAUGGAUUUGGAAAGAAGAAUUGGAACAUCUUCAUACCACAAAAUGAUGAUGGGCCAUAACGAUCUGGGAGAGUGGAAUUUGGAUUUUCCAGAAAAUAACAACUGCUUGAGAGAGAACAGGAAGAUCUGAUAGAAAUGCUGUACAGUUCAGGAUAUCAUGCAGAUGUACUACAUUUUGUGGAAUCCAUUUUGUCUCAUCUUGUAGGUACAUUUGGUAUUUCCUACUAUUUUCCCAGAGGAAUUGGAAAAUGACCAUCUUUUUUCUCUGAUCAUCAGCACAGUAGUGACAUAUCUGCACAGUAUAACUUUGAGAGUGACUUGUCAGAGCACCACCUGUUCCCUGUGGGCAUGAAAAACACUCUUUACGUUGGGACACUUAUGUGCGCAUGGACUUUCUUUUACAGAGAAGAAAAGAGCCAUGUCCCUGAAGCCAAUGCAAUAUUUAUGCACCAGGUAGCAUGUAUGAGAUCCAACUUGACUUAUCAUUCCAAACCCUUGGCUGGUGAUCUUUGUGCUUUUUCCCAAUGGGAGAACUACGUACCAAGUUUUCAGUGAUUUUUUUUCACCUAUUCGCCUAUAUUUUGUUUCUUGGUUACGGAGGUUGGAUAGAAUGGAUCCUGAUUGAUUGAUUGUGGUGAUGUGGACAGACAGUCUUCCACUGACCAGACCGUGGGACACGCACCUGACUGCUUCAGGGCUGUACACGUCAAGGCUUCAUUUUCAUCUUGAAUUUAGUUUUCAGACUUUUUUUGCAAGAAAAUGUUUCAGAGUACAGUCUUUUGAACUUGAUCAUAUUUGCAUGGCUAUAUUUCUCCUAUAAAGAUAAUCAUAUCAAGUUUGAUAUGCUUUUUGUUUUUUUUUUUUGUUUUCUUGUUUGUUUCUCAAUGAAUUGGGCAUUAGGUGCAGCGAAGGAAAAGUAUGGAGAAGGUGAAACACCACAAAUGGAUUUAAUUUACUAUUAAUGCCUGAAUUGUAUUAAUUCAGUCUGGAAAUUCAUAAAUGUAUUCUGAUUUCUUGGAAAUUUUUACCUGCACAGUAUGCCAAUUGUAACCCAGAGUUAAUCAUUUCAGUGUUACGUCAUUAUCAAUAAUUUCAUUUUUUUCCAACUUAAAACUGUCAGAUUUCUUCUUGUUGAUAACAUACAUGUAUGUCUAUCAUGCUGACCACAUGUGUAGCACAUCAGCAAAAGUUGUCAAGGAUUUGCUGAUGAAGGGAAGUAACUCUUCACACAUUAGAAAUGUAUGUCCAGUUACAAAAAUUACAAAAAUUCUUCCAUGUAGCAAAAAAAAUAUAAUUGAGAGUACAAAGCAAAUGUUUGCAGCAUUGUAAAAUUAGAUUCAAGGUUUUGUAAGUUUUUGUUGAUUAAGUAUUCUGAAACCUAGGUCCAAUGAAACUGACAUUAUUGUAUCUGUAUGUCAGUAUGAAUUCCUAAUUUGAUAACUUCAGCCUGCUACAUGUCUCUGGGGAGGAAUAGAUUGCUAAAAGAAACAUUGAUAUACCCAUCAUUAUGUACUGCAGUCAGUCAGCCAAUUUCAGUGAUAUGUAAAGUUUAGCUACAGCUACAUCUUUUAGGAUAAACGUGUAGUUUUAUUUGGUUUUGAUCUGACAUAGCGAGUACAAUGUAAUAAAAUGUAACAUAUUGAGGCAUGUUUGAGAAUUGAGCCACAAGUAUUUUUUCAUUCCGAUAUUAGUUUUAAUGACAAAUAACUCUGAUGAAUUUGUGCUGAACAGCCCUAGAAGUUUUUUGUAGUGUGCACACGAUUAGGAAUUGUAGAACAAAAUCCUGUAUAAUUUGUUAUAUGUGAGGACAUUGUAAAUUAUGUCUGAGCAACAUGAACAGCUGGAGAAUCUAUGGGCCUGCAUGAUAUAGCUUGAUUAAAAACCAUGUAUUGAUUAAUUCUACAGGUGAAUAAUUGCAGAUACAUUUGUACAUGUAAGAGACUGUUAUAGAGUAUCAACGUGCACAUUUAUACACAAGUCAGCCUCUUAGUUCAAUAUGACCAUAUAUGACCAUUUCUGUGUUUGGAAGGCCAAUAUUGGUUCCACACACCACAUAAACUGUCAUAUGUUGUUGUUUUCUUUGAAACCCAAAGAUAUGAAAUGGUCAGAAAAUCUCUGUGCUUUCUUACCGUAACUGUUUAAAUUUGUAUAUGUCUGUGAUGUGGAUAAUUAUUGAAGGUAGCAUUUAUACCUGCACUACCUGGUUAAGAGAUUGGUUUUGUUAUAUAAUAUUUAUAUAGAUAUAUUUAUGUCCUGUGUAUUAUUGUUUGUUUUUGCAGUAUUUUUAAUAGUUACAUAUUGACUAAACUGUACAUCUUUGUCAUAGUUUCACUAUGAUUUGAAGAAAAACCUUGUUCAGUUUGACUGUUAUUCCUGUCAUUUUUUGUGGGGGUUCAGUCAUCAUAUUUUCCACCAUAUGUUAAAAUCUGAUGGAAGUAGUUUGAAACAUUCAUGUUUAUCUUUUAUCUGAGUUUGUGAUUCUGCAAUAUGAAAAUCCAUUUUUUGGGGUUACCAAAGAGGAAAACUGUAUAGCAAAUAUAGUUGUUAGAUUCUUGGAUGUGCCUAAGGUGUAGUGCCACAUCUGCAUGUUGGUAAAUCCCUUUUGUAAUGUAGUAUUUCUUAUCCCCAUGAUUUCUGUGGGAUAUUUCUCACUUAGCAUUUGUAUAUUACUGAGAAACCCAAUUUCCCCUCUUUAACAUAUGUUUUUCAUUGUUUUUUGUUUCCUUUUCCAAGGAGUUUAAAUUGACAUGAAACAAUUUCAUGUUUUUCUCCAUAGUUUUGCAAAACUCUCUAUACAACCUGUGCAUUUCACAAUUAAUAUGAUACACUGAAUAACAGAUUGCCUUACAUUAUAAAGCAUUCUUGAAAAUGUACCUAAAUAAAUAUAAAACUACCAUA